AUGACAGAGAGAGAUGAAUCUAUGAAAUACUAUCCCUCAAGAGAAUCUGAAAAUGAUGAAUAAAGAAAGCCUAGCUUUGCGAUGAUGAAUAUUGUUAUAAAUUAACCGCAUCCAGUAUAUAUUACAAUGCUAUUUUUUAUGCAAAAAACAUAGAUUUCAAUGCAGUUAGCCAAGGAAAAUUAAAUGACAAAGAAUAAUAACAAGGCCAUUUGCUAACUGAUAAAUAAAAAUCCUUACCAUAUAGAAGAAAUUGAAGCUUAAGAAGGAAAAAUUAGAAAAGUAAGGAGUCCUUCAAGCGUAGGAGAAAUCAAUGAUUAAAAAUCAAAUAAAAGUUAAUCAAGCGCAAGGAGUAUCAAGAGUGGUAAGAGUGGUAAGAGUGCCAAGAGUAGUAGGAGUGCAAAGCCUAUGAGUAAUCAAUAAAUCAGUGAUGAGCCUAAGAAGAAAUAAAUAAGGAAAAUGAACAGCAAAAUUAAAGCGAGAUUUUAGAAAAAAUAAAGUUUAAAAUAAACAUCUGCAAUUUAACAAUUCGUUUCUUAAUUUAUUGAAGGAUGGGCAUUCUCAAUUUUAAUGGCGAUUGUUACACUUUAUGCACUUUUUGGGGAUGAUAUAAGAAUCCUAAGUGUCAACAAAGAUUUAGAUGAUAUCUUCUUUAUUCUCACAAUAAUAAGCAUGUCUUUUUUUACAAUAGAAAUAAUUCUAACCUCAAUAGCAAAUCCAAAUUAUAUUCUAAAUUUUUAUUUUUUUCUUGAUGUAAUAUCAACUGCAACAAUGAUUUUGGAUAUUGGAUGGAUAACAGAUUUAUGGUAUGGAGAUGAAGGAGAUAUCGGUAAUGCUGCAACAAUCAAGGCUUUGGGUAGGGCAUCCAGGGUUGCAAGAAAAGCAGCCAGAGUCAUUAGGAUUAUUCGUCUAGUAAGGCUGGUAAAACUAUAUAAACAUGCCAGACAAUAAUAUGAGAAGGAUUAAUAAAAAAAGAUCCUUUAAGAUAUAUUAAAAUAAAAUAGAUUAAUCAGUGAGGAGAAUUAAAGACAGCAAUAAUAAUAAUAAAAAAUCAAUUCAUAAUCUCAAAAAUAAAUAUAUAUUCAAAGGAAUUAAUCUCUUCCAUCUCCUCCUCCAUCUCGUGCCCAAUAAUAUAAAAAUAUUGAUGAUAAAUAAGAAUAGAGUGAAUUGUAAUAGCAAAUUAAAGAGACUUGCAAGCCAUUUUUAGGUUAAAUUUAAUAAUAAUAACAAUAAUAAUAAUAAUAACAAUAAUAGAAUUCUCAACAAAAUAAUUUAAAUAGUUCGUAAUUGUCUGCUUUAUCUAUUUAAUAAGGAUAACCAUCCGAUCAAAAUGCAUAAGGAAGUAGUAGUAAUGAGUAGAUAAGGUAGAGUCAAUAAUCUCUAUAGCUCAGCGAAAAGGUUCAUGAAAGCAAUGUUGGUUCUCGAUUAUCUGAUUUAGUAAUGAGAAGAGUCAUAACUAUUAUUUUAGCAAUAUUAAUUAGUAUACCAGUAUUAACUUUAGAUACUUAUUAAGAAAUAAUAAACUCUUAUGAUUCUGGUAUUUUUAGAAUUGGUUAGUUUAGAAAUGAUCAAAAACUUGUACAGAUCCUAACAAGGCAAUAUGUUCAAUUUCAUUAGGACGAGAUUUUUCCAAUUUUGGCUGUUUUUGUAUUAAGAAAUGAUGUAACAGACUAAUUCCCAAAAUUAAACGAGACAAAUUUCUAAAUAUUCAAUUAUUCUCAAAACCCUGAUUGGUUUUCUUCGACAAACCAAAAUAUCGAUGAGUACAGAUUCUCUGAUAAACAAUAUUAUGCUGCAGUGGAUAUAAAUAAUAAAUUAAUAACAUGUUCAGUAGGUGAUUUAGUUGACUACAAUCAAACAAAUGCCAUUCUUUCAAUAUUUUAGACAGUAUUUGUAUGCAUAGUUUUGGCCUCUAGUGCCAUUUUGUUUAAUAAAAACGUGAAUGAUUUGGUUAUAGACCCAAUAGAGAAGAUGAUGGAAAAGAUAGAAUAAAUAGCUCAGAAUCCUUUGGAGGCAGUAAACAUAGAGGAGUAGGAGGAUUUGAUAAUGUAGCAAUUGGAAUAGAAUGAGGAUCAUGAGAAGAUAAAGGAGAAGUAUAUAGAGAAGCAAAUGGAAACAUAUAUUCUUUAAAGGUUGAUCAUGAAAGUUGGUGCUUUAUUGGCCGUAGGAUUUGGGGAGGCAGGCUCUGAAAUCAUUGCAGAAAAUAUUAAGAAAGGAGGGAGUGUAGAUCCAAUGCUCCCAGGUAAGAAAAUAAUGGCAAUAUUUGGUUUUUGUGAUAUUAGAAAUUUCACUGAUGCAACAGAAGUCUUAUAGUAAGAUGUAAUGGUAUUUGUGAAUGAAAUUGCUGAGAUUGUGCAUUCAACAGUUGAUCAAUAUGGAGGAUCUGCUAAUAAGAAUAUUGGAGAUGCAUUCCUAUUAGUUUGGAAAUAUUUACCAAUGGAAUAUCAUCCCAACCCACAAAAUCCAUCUAAGUUGAUAGUGAAAACAGAUCAUCAUAUCAAACAAAAAGGAGACAUGGCAGUGUUGGCUUUCUUGAAGAUAAUUACUUCAAUAUCAAUUUCAAAGAAAUUAGAUAGGUACAAGAAGCAUGCUGGUUUGAAUGCAAGAAUGAAAGAUUAUUCAGUGAAGAUGGGAUUUGGAUUACAUAUGGGAUGGGGUAUUGAAGGAGCAAUUGGUUCAUCUUUCAAAAUCGAUGCUUCUUACUUGAGUCCUAAUGUUAAUAUGGCAUCUAGGUUAGAAGCCGCGACUAAAUAGUUUGGUUCUAUAAUAUUAAUAAGUGGGAUCUUAAAACAAUAUUUGACUUAAGAAUGCCAACAAUAAUUAAGAAUGAUUGACAUUGUCACAGUGAAGGGCAGUGUAGAACCAGUGGAAAUUCACACUAUUGAUAUGUCAAUAAAGAAUUUGAUUCAAAAAUCAAAGGAGUUGAAAGACAAGUUUGACACUAGCAAGAUGAAUCAGAAGGAAUAAAAGCAAUUUCGAGUUCUUAGUCGAUUCAAAAGGGAACAAUUACAAAAGGAUGUUUCAAAAGACAAAGUUAAUGUUGCAGCUCAAUUUCUUACUGAUGAAGAACUCCUUUAUGCUAGAGAACCUUUUACAAUAGAAUUCUAUAACACCUGGAAAGAAGGGUUCUAACAUUACAUCAAAGGCACAUGGGACAAGGCUCAAUUAAUAUUUCAAAAAACCUUGAACAUGAUUCCUGAACAUAAGGACGGUCCUUCCAAUACUCUUUUGGAUGUGAUUCAUUCCAACGGUGGAAAGGCUCCACAUGAUUGGAAAGGGUAUAGAGAACUUACAGAAAAAUGA